CCGAGAUCAAAACGUUGAGAGGUGGAACAACGACGACACUUCAACAUCGUUUUGAUAGGCAACUAACUGUUCAACGUCUGCAAACGACGGGGACACUGGUUCAAAUGGAGAAAUCUACAAAUUUCCGCAUCGAUGCGCUUCUCGCUGUUGACCCGCCGAAGGUGCAGACAUCUCCGCUUGCGCUUGUGACUUCUUUAUCCUCCUCUUCCAUUUCAUCGUCCGGAAGUGUACAAGCCUCAGAAUUGAAUGCCGACUCUUUACGGACUGAGACUCCGUCUCCACCGAGGAUUUCCUCCUGUGGUUUGAUUCCUAAACCAGGCUUCUUGAACAGUCCCCACAGUAUGGUUGGAUUACAUCCACAGAGUAGCGCAGGGAUCCCUCCUCAGGCUCUCUACGGCCACCCCAUGUAUACCUAUUCCCUCGGGCAGCACCCUGCCCUGUCCUACUCAUAUCCGCAUGGGUCCCAUCACCACCAUCCCAGCGACUCCCUCAAACUCUCUGCGGGGACGUUUCAGCUCGACCACUGGCUGCGAGUCUCCACCGCGGGAAUGAUGCUACCCAAAAUGCCCGAUUUUAACUGUGAGUAUUCUCAGGCCCAGUCAAACUUGCUUGGAAAGUGCAGAAGACCAAGGACUGCAUUCACAAGUCAGCAGCUGCUGGAGCUGGAGCAUCAAUUCAAACUGAAUAAGUAUCUGUCAAGACCAAAGCGCUUUGAGGUAGCUACAUCCUUGAUGCUGACAGAAACGCAGGUGAAAAUUUGGUUCCAGAACAGGCGGAUGAAGUGGAAACGGAGCAAGAAGGCCAAAGAGCAAGCCGCGCAGGAGGCUGAGAAUAAGAAAAGCAACAAAAACAGCCAGGAGAAAUCGGACAGACAGGAACAAACGGAUUAUCAAAAGACUGGUUCUGCAAAAAGUAACAGAAUAAGAGACUUCAGGGACAGUGACGAUGAUGAAGGUGACAACUUCUUGUACAACUCCUCGGAUUGCUCUUCAGACGACGAGAGAAACCACACCAGUGAUAUAAAUCCACAACCUUGAGACAGGGGCAAGGAAACAUGUCUUCUUGAAAAGCUAUACACUCCUUAAAUGAGAUUGGAAUUUUCCACCAAACUACAGCUGCAUGUAGGCCUACAGUAGUAACAACCUUCAAUCAUACCCGGAAAUUCAGAAAUUAAUGAGAAUCAUUUGGAAAAUACUAAAGGAUGACUGAGAUUCAGUGUGUGCAGAAUGGCCCUAGCAAGCAAGGUCGGAUUUACGUUUUAGAAUGUAGUAUUGAGGUACACUCUGCUAUUUGUAACAUUGCAUGGUUUUAUGUGACAGUGUCAUGUUUUCACGCAGUUGGUGUAGGACCCACUACAAUCGUAUGGGUUCUCCACUAUAGGGGUUAUUAUCAUAGUAUUUUGAUAUGGCGACCAAUUGUAAAUUCAGACAUGACACAGUCAUUUUGCAUUUUCUUUUGUUUAAUGUUUUUGAAAAUGUGUGGUGUUACACUUAUGUAAUUGCGUCAUAUAGGCCUACAGUUUACGUGCAGAAAAAUGUUAUGCGUUUAUUUUUGUAUUCUGUAUUUAUAAAAUGUCUAAACCAAUGCAUGCUAAAUUAUUGUUAACCGUCUCCCAUGGUACAGACGACAUUAAAUAAAUGUGUUUUAUAAAACGUUGUGUUUUUCAAUGCUGACGAAUGUGAAUCUAUUAAACACACUUUUCCAAUUAUGGUCCAAUUUUGAAGCCAAUUUGGUCUUAGUUUAGAGGUCAUAAGCCACAUAUAUAAU